CACCCAACUUUCAGAAUCAGUAUAAAUUAGUUUCCACUAAUCUGUUACUCAACAAUCCUCUCAUCAACAACACAAAAAAAUUACUGUUUCUCUCUCUCUGUCUAGAGCAAUGGCAGACGUACUGAUUCUUGUCUCAGUUCUCCUACUCGCCGCCGUUACACUCCCGGAACCACCAGAACUUCCGUCAACACCACCGGAGUCUUCUUCAAGCACAAUCGGCUGUGAAGACGAACUGGUGGCGUUCUCUCCAUGCCUUCCAUACAUUUCUGAUCCACCGAACAAUAUCUCUGAUUCGCCUCCGUUUCAGUGUUGCGAUAACUUCGCGGCGGCAUUUAUUGAUAAUACUGCGAUUUGCCUUUGCUACCUCGUUCGCAACCCUCAGAUCCUUGGAUUUCCUAUCAGUUCCAUGAAGCUGUUGUCGCUAACUUCUAUUUGUCCCGAGGAGGAGAAAGAAGGCGAGGAGAAUCUAUCUCUCGAGUCUCUCUGUUCAGGUUCAACUAUGCUGCCUCCUUUUAGAUCAAUAACAGCAGAUCACAGGGGUUCAAGUCCAAGACCAAGGCGUCCUACACCCCCUAGCUCAAGUCCUAGACCAGCACACACUCCACACCCAGGUGAUCAUGAUAACCCUUCACCACGAGAUCCACCAGGAUCAGGCAGUACAUCACCUCCGUUCUCUAAUGUUGAUGAUAAUCCUACCCUUGAUGCUCAAGCCACAACAAAACGUUCAUCAGCCAUACAAAUAAUGUGCAAUUACCGUCUAUGGGUUGUCUCUGCAAUGUCGAUUUUCCUGUAUAUCUCUUGCAAGCACCAACUUAGGUAGUAUUGUCUCUUUCAUGGCUUCAUAACAGACAGUUCCAUUGGAAGAUAUUAAGUCAAAUCAGAAUUUUGUGGAUUGACGUAAAACUACUGGCAAAAGAAUUCUUUGUUAAAUCCUGUAGUGGUUUGACAUGCCACUGCUUCAGUAUCUGAAUUCUGAUGCACACAUAAUCUUCUUAGCCUAUGAAAGAAAAGCGAUGCCAGGUGCAAUAUGAGUAAUUGGGGAGUCACUUAUAGCAUCAAGUAAACCUUAUAAUCCCCUUCUAUUAUUAGCGUUUCCAGAAAAUCAGUCAGCAUGUUAUGUCA